CCAGAGGACUGGCAGCCAGCGAGUGUCUAUCUGCCUCUUUCCGUGGAAUUUCAAUUAUUUUAUUUAUUUAUUUUUCUCUGCGCGGGGGCGACUGACGACUCCGUAGGGAAUACGUGACGGGUUUACGGCGUGGCACAGUCUGGCUGGCACUGGUGGUCACAGGGAGCUCCGCGAUGAACAAGCUACGGCAGAGCUUCCGGCGGAAGAAAGACAUCUAUGUGCCAGAAUCGAGCCGGCCCCACCAGUGGCAAACAGACGAGGAGGCCGUCCGCAGCGGAAAAUGCAGCUUUGCAGUCAAGUACUUGGGACAUGUGGAGGUGGAGGAGUCUCGAGGCAUGCACAUCUGUGAGGAUGCGGUCAAGCGGCUGAAGACGGCCGGAAAGAAGGCCGUGCGCGCUGUCUUGUGGGUGUCUGCAGACGGUCUUCGCGUGGUUGACGACAAAACAAAGGACCUGAUUCUGGACCAGACGAUUGAGAAGGUGUCCUUCUGCGCUCCCGACCGCAACUUUGAGAGAGCGUUUUCAUACAUCUGCCGGGAUGGGACGACGCGCCGUUGGAUCUGCCACUGUUUCAUGGCCAUCAAAGACUCGGGCGAGCGUCUCAGUCACGCCGUGGGCUGCGCCUUCGCUGCCUGUCUGGAGCGCAAACAGAAGCGGGAGAAGGAGUGCGGCGUCACAGCAACCUUUGACGCCAACAGAACCACGUUCACCCGCGAGGGCUCCUUCCGCGUCACCACGGCAACGGAGGCGGCAGAGCGGGAAGAAGUCAUGAGGCAGCUGCAGGAUGCUAAAAAAGCUGAGGUUGAGGUGAAGGUGUCAGGUAACUCGUCGGGCAUGGUGACAAACUCUGCCCACCAGAGUGGAGGUUCGCCAUCACCGUCAUCCUCACCACCACUCUCGCUGAGUUCCCUGGGCCCUCAGGCGAUACCACGCAGACACGCCCCGGUGGAGGCUCUGGCCAGGCAGGGGUCCUUCAGGGGCUUCCCGGCACUCAGCCAGAAGACCUCGCCCUUCAAGCGACAGCUGUCCCUGCGCAUGAAUGAGUUGCCCUCCACCAUGCAGCGCAAGUCAGACUUCCCCAUCAAGAACACGGUGACUGAGGUAGAGGGAGAGAAUGACAGCAUCAGCUCGCUGUGCACUCAGAUCACCACAGCGUUCAGCGGACCCCCGCAGGACCCCUUCUCCUCGGCACCAAUGCCCAAAGCAGCCUCCCCACAGUCUCCUGUAGCACCUGUCAACGGCUCUGCUGCUGUUGUCUUCUCCUCUCCUCCUGCUAAUAAUCCUCCAGCUCAGACCUCAGCUUUGGCCCCUGCUCUGCCCACUAGAGAAACUAACCCCUGGGCUAAGACCCCUGCUGGGGCCCCUCCCCCUACAGCGCCUGGAAAUGAUUGGUCGGCUUCCACGCCAGUCAUCAUCGUCCCGCCAACAUCGUCUCCAGUGUUGCCCUCCCACAAGCGUACACCCUCAGAAGCAGAGAAGUGGUUGGAGGAGGUGUCAAAGUCUGUCAGGGCUCCGCCUCCUAAUCCCAUCCUGGCCCCAGCCCCGCCCCCUGCCCAGCCUUUUACUGCACCUGUGCCCAUGCCUGUGGCGUCUUUACCCCCAGUGGCGUAUGUGUCUUCCCUGCCGCCAGCGGUGCCCCUUCUGCCCCCCCGCCAGACUGCUUUCCACCCCCAGGCUCCGCCCUCCUACCCCAUGUCCAACGGGCUGACUUUCCCUCAGCCUAGCGUCCCUGUGGUUGGCAUCACCCCUUCGCAGAUGGUGGCUAAUGUCUUCGGCUCGGCCGCCCAAAUGCAGCCCUAUCCUGCCCCCGCGCCUGUAGCACCCUUGCACGACACCCAGACCGCCGGCAUCGCCGGCCCCUUCCUCAAGCCACCACAGCCUGCUGCCAUCAUCCCUGCCCCUGUCCACCCAGCCAAUGGCAGCGAGAGCUUUAACGGGGCAGACAACUGGGCCACCCUUUCCCACCUGGCUUCGUCCUCCACGCCGGCGGCACCCCCAGCGCAGCAGCAGGAGGAUGCCUUCGAGGCCCAGUGGGCGGCACUGGAGGGCCGCUCGCGCCAGCGUACCACCCCCUCGCCGACCAACCCUUUCUCCACCGAGCUGCACAAGACCUUUGAGAUCCAGCUCUGAUAACUGUGCCUGAGAACGUACUGGUCAACGUAGCGGCUCCUCUCGUCCACUGGGGUCUAACUGUCGGGGUGGGGUGUCCUCCCACCACCAAAAAAAAAGCAACAUGCUGCUGAAUGCGAGGGUGCAGUUCUCCACAUCAACAUUCUGAGCUCGUUUGAUUGUCCUUUGGGAACCCCCACCUCUCAUUCCCCAACCGGCCCCAAAUUGCACCCCCAUUAUCCCCCAACACUGACCCCCCCCUUCCGACAGGAACUUGAGUGUCUCCUUGGCGAUCUCCCAAUCAGAAGAAUGAAGCAAGACAAUGCCAAAAUCUUUAUUUUUAUGCAUCAAGUAUAUUUUACAUAGCUUUGAAUUUUAACAGCGGAGUUGUAAGUCGUCUUGCCAAAGGCAGAGAGGAUCUCUACAAUGUAUACAAGAAAUGAGCGUAUAUAUUAUACAUAAAUAUAUAGAUUAUCUAUAAAGAUUCUAUACCGCUCACAGCAGUGCUAAUUUUAAUGUGAUGUAAAGAGAUUUUGUGAAGGGACAGCUGCUUUACCUUUGUGUGUGUGUUUUUAUUUUUAUCGUUUUCAUUUGAAGUCUUUUUGCCAUCGUCUGCAAUUGGAUGUGAAUUGUCUUGACUGUAAAUAAGACAUCAUUGCAGCAACAAUCAAUGUGGACAUAGCAGCGGCAACAGCCUCUCUUCUCUGUGCUCACUUUUUCAAAUUGUUUACUACAUGUCGCAUCUUUUUUUCUUUGAGGGAAUGGUUAUUUUUUAACACAACAGCAUGUAUCGUCUCCUGUGUGUCUGCAUUUUUUAAAGUAGUCAAUUCCUCAAGUUUUGUUUUGCACAAGCACUAAAGUAGAUGAUUUGACCUCAUGGGUGAUCUUGAUCAAGCCGGGCGGGUCACCUGUGGCUGGCCGACCUGCCCUGACCUCCUUUAGCCUGCUGCCAUCUGAUGAAAACUACAGGGAGACUAAAACGGUUUCAUCUCUCACUGUCUUUGUGUGCGUGCUCUGUUGUUUGUUCUUAUUUUUUAAUCAAACCUGUGAAUAUAAUCUUUUCGCUGAUCUAUUUUUCCAUUUUGUAAUUAUUUCGUGACUUUAUUCCACUUCUUUGGAGAAAUAUUGAAGUUAAAAUAUUGAAUAAAUGAUG